GAAAAAUGCCAUGUUUAAAAAAAAACAAAAAAUUAAAAUCUUUUUUUUAUUCGUUCUUGUCAUUUCCCUCCAGCAUCCACUCAACGGAAAACAAAUGGGGUGUCAAAAGAGCGAUAUUUAAGAUGAACGAGAGCUAUGUCAAGUUCUUGGAUGGUCAUUGACAAAUGAUUUGAUCAGGGACGACCACCGACGCAGCCUUCCGCAGAAGUCAACGACGAGCCCUCCCGCCGCGUCUGACUUCCCCUGCCACAUGCGAUGUCUCCCACCACCAGCUGAAUCCAGGCUCUGUUUCGUACACGAAAUUCAAACUGUGAAUCAAAAUUGGGGACAACAAUUUCAAUUUUGCUGUUUGGUAGCACAAAAAUAUGUGGACUUGGAAUUGGUGGUGCCAAAAAUGAAUUGGAAUUGGAGAACUCACUUCCAUUCAAAUCAAUUCCAUAGAAAUUUCAACUCCCAAUUCAAUUCCAGUUCCGUGUACCAAUUGGACCCUUACUCAUUUCGGUUCGUGCCUGCAAUUUGGCCUGGGGGCUGGGAGAGAGCUUUAGCUUCCUAAGUUUCUAAAGGUGUCUAUUGUGGUAUAUUUGGGCAUAUACCUGAAAUGUGUGCAGUUUUCUUGUAUAAAAUUUCUUCUUGAAAAGCUUCUCCUAGAAAUUUCAAUGUUCCAUUCAUUUCUGUACUGUAAGUUU